UUGACUCCCCUCGCCACCCCGAGCCUCUCUAAUGACGGAACUCAAACUCUAGAAACCCUUGCUACCGCCAUGAGUGAAAGAGAAGGAGACCUCGACGGCGCAUCCAUGGAGUUCCUCCCUCUUCUGCUUCUACUAUUACUACUCUUCUUAGGGCUUGGAUCGAGCGAGGCCGGGGACUUGGAGCUUCUGAUGUCCUUCAAGAGAUCGCUCCCCAAUCCUCAGGUCCUCCAAAACUGGGACCCGAGCCAGACCCCUUGCUCAUUCGCCGGCGUCAACUGCAAGGCUGGUCGCGUAGCCGGCGUCGCCCUCCAGAGCCUCGUCCUCAGCGUCGACUUCCGCUCCGUUUCCUCUUAUCUCUUGACCCUCGGGAGUCUCGAGAGUCUGUCCCUCCGCUCCGUUAACCUCACUGGAAAUAUCUCGGCGGCGGCGUCCCGGUGUGGCAGCCAACUCGCCGUGCUGGACCUCGCGGGUAAUGGCCUCAGGGGGGCGGUGGUUGAUGUUUUUAACCUCGCCGCUGCCUGCUCGGGGCUGAGAUCCCUCAAUCUCUCCGGCAACUCCUUUGGGAUCCCUCCCGCCGGGAAAAGCCCUUCCGGUGGGUUCUCGGUGGAGGUCCUCGACCUCUCAUACAACAAGAUCUCCGGUGAGGCCGACUUACGGUGGUUGCUCUCCAGCCUCGGCCUCGUCCGGCGGCUGGACUUGACCGGAAACCGGCUCACCGGCAGGAUCCCGGCGAUGACCGACUGCUCCGGUCUUCAACACCUGGACCUGUCGGCGAACCAGCUCGCCGGCGUGAUAGGGGCGGGAGUCUUCGGCGGGUGCCGGAGUUUGCGCUACCUGAACCUCUCUGCCAACCACUUCACCGGCCCUCUUCCCUCCGACCUCUCUUCGUGCUCUUCCUUGGCCUCCCUUUCCCUCUCCAGCAACAACUUCUCCGGCGAGUUCCCCUUCAAGACCCUAGUCUCUUCGAUGCCGAAACUCGAGAUUCUCGAGCUCUCGUUCAACAACUUCUCUGGGCCCCUCCCGGACGCGGUCUCGAAGCUCUCGAUGCUCGAGCUGCUCGACCUCAGCUCCAAUGGCUUCUCCGGGUCGAUCCCCACGGCUCUCUGCCAAAGCCAGGAAAGUAGCUUGAAAGAGCUCUACCUUCAGAACAACCAGUUCACCGGUCGCAUUCCGGAGUCCCUCAGCAACUGCUCCAAAUUGGUGUCGCUGGACCUCAGCUUCAAUUACCUCAGCGGAUUCAUUCCCGCCACUCUGGGCUCUCUGUCUUCGCUCCGCGAUCUCAUCAUGUGGCAGAAUCUGCUCGAGGGCGAGAUCCCGCCUCAGCUGUCCAACAUCCGGAGCCUGGAGAACCUCAUCCUCGACAAUAAUGGGUUGACAGGAUCCAUCCCGGCCGGCCUCAGCAACUGCACGGAUUUGAACUGGAUCUCGCUGUCGAGCAACCACCUGAGCGGCCCGAUCCCCUCCUGGAUCGGCCGGCUCGGCAGCCUCGCCAUCCUCAAGCUCGGGAACAAUUCUUUCUCCGGCCCGAUCCCGCCGGAGCUCGGGGACUGCAAGAGCUUGAUUUGGUUGGACCUCAACAACAACCAGCUCAACGGGACCAUCCCGCCGGCCCUCGCCAGGCAGUCGGGCAACAUCGCCGUCGGCUUGGUCACCGGGAAGCGGUACGUGUACCUGAGGAACGACGGGAGCAGCGAGUGCCGCGGGUCCGGGAACCUGCUGGAGUUCGCCGGAAUACGGCCGGAGGAUCUGAACCGGCUGCCGAGCCGGCGGUUCUGCAACUUCACCCGGGUUUACAUGGGGAGCACUCAGUACACUUUCAACAACAAUGGCUCGAUGAUCUUCCUCGAUCUCUCUAACAACCAGCUGGUCGGCGUCAUCCCGAGGGAGCUCGGGAGCAUGUACUACCUCAUGAUCUUGAACCUGGGCCACAAUAUGCUCUCCGGACCGAUCCCAUCGGACCUGGGCAACCUGCGCUUUGUUGGUGUCCUGGAUCUUUCUCAUAAUGCCCUCGAAGGUCCGAUCCCGUCUUCCUUCUCCGGCCUCUCCAUGCUGUCCGAGAUCGACCUCUCCAAUAACAAGCUCAAUGGGACCAUCCCUGUGCUGGGGCAGCUGGCCACCUUCCCGCGGUACCGGUAUGAGAACAACUCCGGCCUCUGCGGCUUCCCUCUCCCAUCUUGUGGACAGAGUGCUAAUGGCACUGCGAGCAGCCAGCAUCAGAGGCCUCGCGGUGGGCGGGGCUCCCUCGCUGGGAGCGUCGCAAUGGGAUUGCUCUUCUCCCUUUUCUGCAUUUUUGGUGCGAUCAUCAUUGCGGUGGAGACCAGGAAGAGGAAGAGGAGGAAGAAAGAAAACGGCAACAGCUCGCUCGAUUUCUACAUCAGUGACAGCCGAUCUCAAUCUGGCCCUGCCAACUCCAACUGGAAGCUGACAGCCACGGAGGCCCUGAGCAUCAACCUUGCCACAUUCGAGAAGCCUCUUCGCAAGCUCACGUUCGCCGAUCUCCUUGAGGCGACCAACGGCUUCCACGACGACAGCCUGAUUGGCUCCGGUGGAUUUGGGGAUGUCUACAAAGCCCAGCUUAAGGAUGGCAGCGUUGUUGCCAUCAAGAAGCUGAUUCAUGUCAGCGGGCAAGGCGACCGGGAGUUCAUGGCCGAGAUGGAGACCAUUGGAAAGAUCAAGCACCGCAACCUGGUUCCUUUACUGGGCUACUGCAAGGUUGGAGAAGAGCGGCUUUUGGUCUAUGAAUACAUGAAGUAUGGAAGUCUGGAGGACGUCUUGCACGACCGGAAGAAGGCCGGGAUCAAGCUAAAUUGGGCGGCGAGAAGAAAGAUUGCGGUCGGGGCAGCGAGAGGUCUGGCAUUCCUCCACCACAGCUGCAUUCCCCACAUAAUUCACAGAGAUAUGAAGUCGAGCAACGUCCUUCUUGACGAGAACUUUGAAGCCAGGGUGUCGGAUUUCGGAAUGGCGAGGCUUAUGAGCGCAAUGGACACACAUUUGAGCGUCUCCACACUUGCAGGCACACCGGGUUACGUCCCACCGGAGUACUACCAGAGCUUCCGGUGCACCACCAAAGGGGAUGUAUAUAGCUAUGGUGUGGUCUUGCUUGAGCUGCUCACAGGGAGGCAGCCAACAGACUCAUCAGACUUUGGGGAUAAUAACUUGGUCGGGUGGGUGAAGCAGCACUCCAAGCUUCGAAUCAGCGAUGUCUUCGAUCCAGAACUGCUGAAGGAGGACCCUAAUCUGGAGCUGGAGCUCUUAGAGCACCUUAAGAUUGCCUGUGUCUGCUUGGAUGACAGGCCAUUACGGCGCCCCACGAUGCUAAAAGUGAUGGCGAUGUUCAAGGAGAUUCAAGCUGGCUCAACAGUGGAUUCCUCAAACUCGGCUCCUCCAGCUUCGGUUGAUGGGAGUUUUGGGGUGGUCGAUAUGAGCCUGAAGGAAGGCAAAGAGGAGAAGGAUUAAAGAGGGGGUGGAAUAACAAUGGCAGAAUUCUUUUCAGAGAAGGGAGGCAAUGGAAUCAAUUAAGCCUCCCAUAUCUGCGUUUCAGCCAUCAUUUCUCACCAUUUCAGUGGUAUGAGAAAAAAUUUUCCUGUAGCGUCAUCGGUGAAUGUAUUAUAUCGACUAUAAAAACCCAUGUUUUUGUUCUUUUUCCUUUUUCAUACGUCGCUUAUAGUUAUCAUGUAUUGUACAUAAAAAGUGAUUUUUCUUCAAAUUCCAAUUCCAUGUUUAGAAAUAAUUGAAUG